AUGUCUGGGAUCUGGGGAGGAUACCGUGACAUGUACUCUAAAUUAGGACAUCAUAAUGGGCAAAAGAAUAACGUAGAUGGCAUAGUUGCUGAAUUUGUUAGAAGAUUGCUAACAAAACAGGCAAUAACGGCAUUCUCCGCAUUAAUCUCCGAACACGAGCCCCCUGGCCCUCAGCAACCUGCCUUCAACCGCCCAAAACCACCAAAAAUCCUAUAUAACUACCGUAAACGUGUACUGCACCCUCCAGCCCUGCGCAAACCUAAACUCUAUUCGCCCCGCUCUUCGCCUUUAGUUUUGCCCAGUAAUGUUGGCUUAAAUACCUGUGGAUCAGUUUCAUACGGCAGGCUACUUGUCAAGUUUCCCUCUGUGUUCUCACCAUCAAACAGCUUCAGUGUAUCAAGAUCCUUAAAGAAGGGGGCACAAAUCACCUUUGGCAUUCAAUCACUCACUAAGCCCUACCAAAUCGCCUAG